CGUCUGGCUAAACAAAUUGGCUUUUCCACCGGAAAGGCUUCGUGGACUGAUCAAGUUGCUUUUGGUUAUGCAGCUUGGGGAUUGUGGGAUGCUUCCGGAUGAGCAGGUUUCUGAGUUUGAAUGUGUUGCGGGGUGCAAUGUCAGGUUGUUCCAGAGGGUGCCUGGUGUAGGGAUUACUUGGCCAAUGUUUGAUAAUGCUGUUAAAACAGUACCAUUACCAUUUGGCUCUGUCUAUGUUAUCGCAUCAAACCAUUAUCAGAACACCGGAGCAUACUACAACUUCAAAAAUGUCAUCCCCAAGCCAGGCAACACCCUCACCCACCCAAAACUCACCCAACUGGUCGUCGUUUUCUCUACGAUAAUAUCGCUUGGGAUGAGCUACAGUUAUUCUAUCACUACAGCUCAAGGGUGAACCGGUUACAGCCGCUAACCUUGCCAAUGCCAUUGUAACCACAGAAGGCUUCAUUUCUCCUGGAAUCUUGAAUGAUACUACACGAGUACAACGGCGCAAGUCGAACCAAAGAGGCCACCUUCGGUGUUUUUAACACCAGCAACGCUCAUUACGAUACCGAGACCCAGCCAAAGAGACAGGUAGACUGGAAUUAUACAUUUCUUUCCAAUGGAGUUCCGUAC